UAAAGCAUAUUUAACUCGAGUGAUGUGGUAUAUAUUGAUACAAAUAGCUAAGGUCUUUUAAAUUUAUCAUUAAUGUCUUUAAUUAAUUUGCUGACUUUUCUUAGGACACCUAUUUUAUUACUAGUCAUUAACUCUUGAAAUUUUAGGGUACUGGGGUUCACAUAAUAAUAUUGUUUUAGGAGUGUUUUUCGAGACUUAGUAAAGAAGGCACACGUGAAUAGAUAAUGAUAUUCAUCACCAAUUUCGUUAGACUCACAAUGUGUGCAUAACCUAUUUUCUACUGGUGUAUUAUUCUACCGUCCUAUUUCAGACACUGUGUCUAGACACACUAAAAAGACGUGCCUCUUGUAUUAAGAUCACAGGGCAUUGUGUGACAACCGUGUGGACACCCCUCAAAUCGUAAUGAACAUUAUCAGCCAUCCUGCUUUAUUACUUUGAAGUGCGUUUGUACCUGAAUCUAACUACGAAAUAUGACGUCACAAAUGAGCACCAAAGACUGGCAGUCGGGGAAAGAAUUCGCAGAGACGAACCUGUACAUGUUGGAACACGAGAUCGCCUGUGACGUUACGUUUAGAGUUGGAGCCGAGCAGACGACAGUUCGCGCCCACAGGUUUAUGUUAAUCAGUCGCAGUCACGUGUUCUCCACCAUGCUGUGUGGUCCAAUGGCUGAGACUGGCGAGAUCGAAAUCCCGGAUGUUGAUGCUGAGAUUUUCCGCCUGUUUUUGAGAUUUCUGUACACCAAUGAUAUCACGGUGGAGCCCAACAGCGUCAUGCACGUGUUAUACCUGGCUAAAAAGUACAACACUGUAAACUUACAAGACCAAUGUCUCAGGUUCCUGGAUACCUCCAUGACACCCGAUAAUAUUUGCGUGAUACUGGAACAAGCGAAGUUGUUUGACGAGAAGCCGCUGUGUGGGAAAGCGAUGGAAUUCAUCAAUGAAAAUGGAACCUCGGUCCUGGAAUCACCGGGAUUCUUGGAUCUGUCUCGGGAGUCUGUCCUCGAUGUAGUGAAGUCAGACGACCUUGACAUUGAUGAGGAAGAUGUGUUCCUUGCCAUCAACACCUGGGCAGAACGUCAGUGUCAGAAACAAUGUACAGCUGUCACCCCGGAAGCAAAACGAGAAGCUCUUGGGUUAGUUGUAAAACAUGUUCGGUUUCCCAGUCUGUCCCAGGAGUUCGUUGUGAAAACCGUCGAUCCUAGUGGAGUUCUAACGCUGCCGGAACAACUCGGCAUAUUACAUCAUUUCAUUUGUCCCGAUAGGUUGCCUGAAGGAUUUUGUGCAGAACCACGGAAUCAUGACAAGGAAGAGAAAAUUGUGUAUCGAUUUAAAACUACAAAUCUCUUGUUUUGGGGUAAAUAUGACAGCGAUGAUGCUAUAGCAUUCAAAUGCAACAAAACGAUUAGACUUCGUGGUUUCAUGUUGUAUGGUCCGUACAGUGGAAAAAGAGAAUCUUAUGAUAUAUCUGCAAGACUGAUGGAUGAGAACAAUACCAUCUUAACUGAACUGAACACUACAACACAGGUACAGAUGGAUGAAAGACAAAUGUUCUCAAUGUAUUUUCCACACAGUGCUAAAGUCAAGCCAAACACUCUGCACACUAUUUGUGUCCGGUACGUGGGUCCAGCUACGUGGUGUGCAGACACGAAUUGUGUAAGAGGUUCUGCUCAUGCGAAUAUAGAUGAUUAUCAGUUUGAUUUUGUUGAUUCAUCAUUUCGUAAAUUUGCACAACAUUUAACUUUAACUCUUCAGAUUCCAGCACUUAUCUUUACUCGGUGACGCUUUAUACUCAUUGAAAACACAGAGCUAGUUUACACUCGGUGUCACUACAUUAGCCUCUGCCUUGCGAUCCUUUAUCCUUAUGCAUCACGAAACACAAGAUGUGUCUUACUUCACAGACAACAAACAGAAGUAUUAAACAUCUGUGUUCUAUUAAUAGCGAUAUGUAUUUAUAUAGCCUUGUCGUAUACCACAAAAUGCGUGCUUCCUUUCCGACAAUAACUAAACAUAUUAAACAUGUGUUGUGCCAGUAAUGGUAUACAUUUAUUAAUCGUACACUACAAGAUGCAUUUUUAUAGAUACCUGUA